AUGGUCUUACAGGCCGUAGUCGAGUUUCGGGCUGAACUUGUAAAAUUCAAGAAAAAAUACGACACGUCUCACAUCAAAAACUCUGAACCAGUUCAUAUAUGGGUUAUAGGUCCAGUGAUUGAUGCUGCUCUAGACCUGGGCGAUCUGAUAGCCAACAAACAUGGCUACCAGGCUAUCAGUGAGAAGUCUCUGUUAGAGGCCGAGGCCGCCACAGACAGCGACAGAGGCCGAGUGGUUAAAGCCAUCUUGGAAGAUAACGGCCUUGUGUCCAUGAGUAUAUUGGAGGACCUGAUCAUAGAGUCACUACUGGCUCGCUCUCCGGGACUCAAAGGGGUUGUAUUCUCCGACAUUCCCCGCUGCAAGUGCCAGGCUAAGAUGCUCAAGAGAAUCGUAACCAAACUUUGUAUUCAUUUAGAGACUUAA